CGAGAGGAGGGACAUAUUGUGACUUCCUGAAAACUACAUCGCUGACUUUCCUAGUUUCGUAUUGAAGUUUUGAUGGAUAUACAUGAAUCGAAACCAUAUAUACUUAUAUAUUGUUCGUCUUUUUUGAGAAAGGCAUAAAUGUAUAUUUAUCGUGGCUGCUGUGAUCAAUUGUUUUAAGAGAUAACGAAGUUGGGUGAUCAUACUAGCAACUUGUGAGACAAGUUUUCAGAAUUUCUAGCAACUUGUGAGACUAUCUACCUUUUUAUUUUCCAAUCAUAUGUAUAUGUUUUCACUUCAUCAUGAUAAGAGUGCAUAUAUCGCGUCCAGUCAAAUCUCUUGUGAAGAACGGAUAACAGUUAAAGCCAAAAAGAUUUUUUGGAUAACAGUUGUGAUAAAUUGAUCGAUGAAAACGGCACAAGGCGUGUUGGGAAAAAAAAAAUUAAGAAAAAGAUCGCUUAGGAAAAGGAAUGGAAGAGGAAAGGAAGUAGGGACAAGAUUCAACAGCUCUUAUGUGGGGAUAAUUAAACAGUAUUUUCGUUUGUUAUUAUUCCCUUAACCUAAAUACCCCAACGUAUCUUAUUUUAUUCAUCUGCAUAAGCAUUCAUGUAUUUUUCCCAACACCCGUUGUUCCAUUUUCAUCGAUCGACAGGCUGGUCGAAAUGCAGUAUACCAAGGAAAGAGCGAAAGAAAUUUUGUAAACUUAUGACUCAAUGGCUAAAGCAUGAAUGAUCCAAUCUGAUACUUCAGAAUCUCUGUAGUCCUGCUCUGUUUUUAUUUUUUUGGCAGAGGAAGACUUAUUUGCUCUUCUCUUUUGUUUCGUAAAUGAAUCAUCCCAUUUUCUAAUGAAAUUCAAAUCCUUAGCAAAAAAAAAAAGGUAUAUAUAUAACACGUUCUCUGUUUAUAUUUUGAUUUUUAUAUUUUGUCUAUUUCCGUUUGAUAUUUUCCAUUUUCAAAAUUACGUACAACGAAUAAAAUUUGUUGUUCCAAACUAAAUUUCAAAACGAGUUGUUGCUUGUAAUUUAAUGCUUUUGUUCUACUAAAUUUGAUUUAUCUCCAUUUCUUUGAAGGAAAACCAGAAAACACUUGAAGAAGUAGAGAAUGGUUUAAGCAAAAACAAAGUAGAGAAUGGUAGCGCAAGGGCUAGAACACCGAAACAUCUACAAUAACUCUCUGACACAUUUGAAAAACUUUCAUCGACUAUAUUUUGUAACUCCUGUUCAUAUGUCAUAUGUCCAAUCGGUCUGCAAAAAAAAAAAGUCUAUGCAAAACACUGCCUACUAACGACAAGAUUACUUCUGUGCACAUUUGAAUAGUAAUUAAUCGUCGAAAUAAGGAAUCAACCUUAAUCAUGAUGCUGUAUAUGUAGAGUAUAUUACUAAAUAAGCAACCACAAAAUGUUAUCUAAUUAUCCGUUCUUCACAAGAGAUUUGACUGGAGGCGACGCGAUAUAUGCACUCUUAUCAUGAUGAAGUGAAAACAUAUACGUAUGAUAACAUUUGUUGGAAAAUAAAAAGGUAGAUAGUCUCACAAGUUGCUAAAAAUUCUGAAAACUUGUCUCACAAGUUGCUAGUAUGAUCACAGCAGCCACGAUAAAUAUACAUUUAUGCCUUGCUAUGUGUAGGUUAGGCUAAUGCUCGUAGGUUUGAGAUCAGAUGUGUUGUACUUGUACCAUAAUCAUAUAGAGAAGACCUAGAAUUUCAUGUACGAAAUACAAAAUUGUUGUAUCGACCAUAACAAACGUAGAACAUACAUAUACUAUUUAGAAGAAGCAAAAAAAGAAAUAGGUUCUUGAUGGAUUGAUGAUCUCUUCCUCUAUGCUUUGUUUGAAUCAGUUUCUUGUGGUUCCUAAUGGUUAUGGCUUUGGUAAGGAACCUCUGAUGUGAGUUUUAGGAGGUAACCCGCUAUGCCUUUGGAAAUCAUUUUCAAACAAUUUGCUUUGACUGGGUUCCUGGGAAAGGAUUUGGACCGGCUAUGUAUGCUCGUUCAAUCCAAUCCCCAAAAAGAUUGUGGUGAGAGUACUAUGACUUUUGAUCAGCCUUCAAGCAGCCAGACGAAUAAGGUAAAGUGGUGGUCUAGUUGUCUUUUUCGUUAGGCCUUGGUCUUUGUGUUAAAGUGUGGUUGUUUGUAUUUUAUGUAUCAUUUCCGUGUCUAGACCUUUUUUUUUUUUUGGAUCAGGUUCAUAUCAGUUCUUUUCAGAUUUGAAUUCUUUGGGUCCUAAAUAUUUAAACUUAAUUAGUUAUUUAAACUUUUUUUGUUUAGAUUUGAGUCAUCUUUUCAAAUCUGGAUCAAUUCAUGUCUAUAACUAAAUUAAUACAUGUAACUUUCGAAUGCGUAGCUGGUCCAUAUAGAUUCAGGUAUUUAUAAUCCGAAAAAGAUUCAAAACAUCCAUUUUUUAUUUAAAUUUAGUUAAAAUCCGUCAUAUUUAUCUAAAAUUCACAUAAUAAGCAAAAUAAGCUAAUAAUAAUUGAGAUAAAUAUUUUAAAACUCUAAUUUGAAAUUUGAAAUUUAUAUUAUUUGAAAAUAUUAAAAUAAUAAUAACAAAGACUACAAAUAAAAAAAUAUUAUAACUAAAUCAUAAAUUAAAAUAUAAAAAUAGAACACUUGAAGUUAUAGUCUUUGGUAUUCAUGUUUUUAGGUCAGACAUGAAUCGGUUCUUCUCGGGACAGUUCAAGUCAGAUCAGUUCUUUUUGGAUCCGAACAUAUUCAAAUCGGUUCGUUUUGAUUUUGAUUCUUUUGAGUAGAGGAAUUUUAAACCAAUUAAGUACUCAUAAAUUUUUGGUUUCAGGUUGGAUACUUUCAGAUCAGUUUUGAUUUGAACUUUUGCAUUCGGGUAAAACGCACAUGCUUAAUUUUGACAUCUUCCAUCACCCUUCAUAAUCUUCUUUUGUUUAAUAAUAAUUUCCAGGAAAAAAUUAUUAAUUGAUUGAUACUAUAUACUAAUGGUGUAUAUUUUUUUCAAUUUUAAUAUGGAAUUUGUGUAAAUCAUAUCUUUCGAUAUAAUAGUGUAGGUGUUUUCACAAUCAAUUUAUGAUUUUGUUAUGAAUGAACACAAAUCAAUUCGAAGAAAGCAACUUAAGAGCAAAAAACGUAUUGAAGCAAAUACUUAGGGUUUGUAUAUUAUUAUGUGAAUAAUUAAUUUUACAAUUUCUUAAAUCCAUAUUUAUAGUAGCCUCAAAACUAGAUUUUUUUCUCUUUAAGAAAUCAUACUUAUCAUAAAAUUAUUAUUUUUUCUUAAUCUUAAAAGGCAUAUAGUACCGCGGGGUCUUCGGCCUCCGCACCUACUAGAUGUUAAUCUUAGCUGCACGUUUUUCUUCUGUGUGCCUACGACUGCUGGUCUUUUACUUGUGCUCAUAGAUUUAAGAUAUUUCAGAGUUAACAGAUUGGAAAAAUGUUUUUCUUGGUAUGAUUUUUUUUCCAUUCAUUUCCCACAGAAGCUCUCAUUGUUGUUUAGUUAUAUCCCAUUAAGUUCUGUGAUUCACUGUGAGAAAUUUAUCUGAUUCCAGUUUUAUUAUAGGAUGUGUAACCCGAACUAUCAUAUUUUAAAAGUUAAAAUUAGAUGAAUUAAAUUUGAUUGACAAUAAUAGUACAAUAGUCUAGUUGGGGUUGCAAGCCCAUACAUUUCCCUUUUCUAAGACCAUAGAAUAAUUUUAUAAUAAAGUUGAAUUCUAGUUUAAUGGUACUCCAUUUUAGAGUAAAAAAUAGAGUGAUGAUAAAAAAAUAAACAAGUUACUCUAUAUUUAAAACAAAACUUAUUUUUACUUUAUUAUAGAGUGAAAAAUAGAGUAUUAGUAGAACAUUUUUACUCCAAACUCUAUUUUAGAAUGGAAAAUAGAGUAGGAUUGGAAAUGCUACAAACUCCAUUUCACAUCAAAGUUACCCCAACUAGCAUCAUAGAACAUCUGAAAAAUCAAUAAUAGAACUUCUCUGUUCUUCACAAGAAACAGAAAAAUAAUAAGGUUUUCCUGUUUUUAUACCUUUACAAGUCUAGGUAGGUCUAUGUAGACACAACACGAUUUUAUAGGUCUAUACCGGUAUAUAAUAUAUAGACUCAACACUGGACCCAUUCACUCAUCCAUUUUCCCUACCUCAAUAUUUUUUUCCCCUACCUCAAUAUAUUACUACGCUUUGUGAAAAUCAUAAAAUUUUAUUAAAGUAAUAAAUUAUACAGUAGUCAAAUCUUUGGUUUGGAGAAUAAAAUGAGAGACAAACAACUUCGAUAGUUGGACCCAUCUCAUUUGGUUUACAGAAAGGAUAAAACUAAUUUGAGAAUGAGAGAUUAGAUCAAAGAUUAAAGGGCAAAUGUGAUCAGAGAGAGAGAACACCUCUUCAUGUCUCUCCCGAGGGGGAAAAUGAGUUCUUCUUUCUCACGUUUUUAUUCUCUUUGAUUCAAUUUUCUAUAGAGUACGCAAGCUGUAACCCUUUCAGAAUUUCCCUCCUUUAAUAUAUGUAAAUAUCUCUCGCAUUCUUAUUAUAUUUGUUUUGUCAACAAUAUGUAUUUUGCAGAUUUAAACUUGGAUAAUAAUUUAAACACAACACAAAUACCAACAUAAGGUUGGUAUAAUGGUUAAAAUCUUAAACUGUUUAGUAGAAAUCUUACAAUCAUAUGUUCAAGUUUUUCUAGAAGACCAGAGAAUAAUUGGCUUGAUAAAAUUAUUAGAUUAUCUAGUAGAUGUCUAAUGGAUCAUGUUUAAAUUUUGUUGGAAGAGUUUUUCUCUCCAAAAAAAAAAAAUUAAAUUAGUUUAUGACUCAUUUCAAAACAUGUGCGGGUCUACAAAUAUAUAACCUCCUAAUUACUCCAAAAAAAAAAAUCUUGAAGAGAUGUAACUUUCAAAUAAGAGUUAAAUUACAUGAAUAGAUUUCGUCAGAAAAUAUACGAAUUUACGGAUCAUAAUUAUUUUAGUUAUUAUGAAACACAAAUACAAAAUAAUAUUUAUUAUAUCUUGAUCUUCUUAAGGUUGUAAACAAUGUAGUCGCAUUUGUUCUAUCUCUGGCUUAACACAAGGCAAGGAUACCUCACAUAGUAUCCAAAUUUUAUUCAUCGAUGAAUAUCAACACCGGAGAAUAAAUUUAUAUCUUAAAGAGUAAAUGGUAGACCAAUAUUUGAAAACUUACACUGGUUUAACAAUAUAUCUAUAGUGAAAAAUGAAAAAGUGGAGCUAAACUUAUGUUUUUUUAAAACUUAUGGUAAGACCAAAAACUUGUGUUUUUAAUUUUGUUUAAGCUAUUUGUUCUAGUUAAUUUUUAUUUCGAUAUCCCUCUUCAGCUUAAAGUCCCUCUCUCUAUAUAAAACUUAAAAGGAAGAAAACAAAUACCACAAAUGGCAUAGUCUUAGCCUAUUCAUUCCACUUUCUUUUUUCCUCCUCUUUUUUUCUUUUUCCAUUUGAUUCUCCGACUCGUAGAAAGAGUUUUUAGAUCCUGAGUACUCAAUUAUAAUGGAAAGAAGAAACUAAGGAGAAACGACCAAAGCUUUAGCAAACAGUACCUUGUCUUCUGUUUCAAAAACAGGCGAUAAUGUCUUGUAAUAGUGGAAUGUCUUUUUUCCCUUCAAGUUUCAUGAUCCAAAACUCUUACGAAGACGAUCAUCCUCAUCAGACUCCAGCUCUUGCACCCCUCCUUCCUUCUUGCUCCAUGCCUCAAGAUCUCAAUGGAUUUGCUUCGUUUAUAGGUAAGCAAAUAUUAGAAGAGGAUUAUUCAGAUGAUGGGUCUCAGAUGGGAGAGAAGAAGAGGAGAUUGAACAUGGAGCAAGUGAAGACAUUGGAGAAGACUUUCGAGCUUGGAAACAAACUUGAACCAGAGAGGAAAAUGCAGUUGGCUCGUGUCUUAGGUUUACAGCCAAGACAGAUCGCGAUUUGGUUUCAGAACAGAAGAGCUCGCUGGAAAACAAAGCAGCUAGAGAAAGAUUAUGAUACUCUUAAACUAAAAUUCGAUGCACUUAAAGCUGAAAACGAUCGUCUUCAAACUCACAAUGAGAAACUCCAAGCUGAGAUUAUGGGAUUAGAAAAUAAAGAACAAACAAAAUCUAUAAAUCUGAACAAAGAAACAGAAGGGUCUUGCAGUAACAAAAGCGACAACAUCUCCGAUAAUCCCAGACUUGAUAUCUCGAGGCCACCGCCGCCAUCAAUAGAAAACACAAUAACCGCAGGUCACCCACCGCCGCCGCAAACAGUUGGUCGACACUUCUUCCCACCGUCGCCAGCCACCGCAACGACCACCACAACGACGUUGCAGUUCUUUCAAAACUCGUCUUCAGGACAGAGUAUAUAUGGUUAAAGAAGAGAACAGUAUCAGUAACAUGUUCUGUGCAAUGGAUGACCACUCUGGUUUUUGGCCAUGGCUUGAUCAGAAACAGUAGAAUUGAAACUGGUUUAAAAAAAAAUGCAUAUCUUGUUUUUGUUUUGAAUUUUGAUAAAUAAAGAAGAACCCAUGCAUGUUUCAAAUUGGAAUAUAUAUUUCCUAUUAUUUUUAAGUAAUGAGAUGUAAAGUUGCACAAAAAAAAGUAAUGAGAUGUAAAAAAAAUUGUUUACAUAAAAAAUAUCAUCAUCAUCAGAAAAGAAAAAAAAAUAUCAUCAUAAUCUAUCAACAUUUUUUACGCGAAUAUAUAUGGAGAAAAAAGCUUAUAUAUAAAAUUGUUUGGUCGUGGGUACUAGCACCAUGUGGUCAUAGUCGUCAUAUGCAGAAGUGGGGAAAAUAUACAAUGAAAAGGACAUUUUCCAUGUAGCAAAUUAUUAAGUUUGUUUGAAUCCAUGAAAUAAAUUCUGCAUAUGUCAUGAUUCAGUCGAGAGGGUUAAAAGACCAAAAAAUAUGAUGGGACAAAAUCAAAAGGAGUUAAUCACGAGACCUUACGUAUUUUAGUCUGAGGACGCAGCAGACCAUCAAUUUCAUAUCCCUCUUUUUUUCAUUCCUUUUCUUACAAUUACAAUUUCACCACGUGCUUCUUUUCGAAAGAGGAAAGCAACCAAAGAAAUUUUGUGAAUAAAAGUUUACUGGGGCGUAAAGAUGUAGAGAUACUAAGGCCAACAAUGCUUUUUAGCGACACUGAUGCAACAUUUUGGUUGCCAUAAACAUGAGGAGUUGUAGGUCCAUCCAUAAUUUCAGUGUGUCGCUGAUCUUUUUCUCUGUAGCGGCUUCAUCGACCUCUUUAAAAUCAGGAUAACUGAGAUGUAACUCGCAACAUAAUUUUAAAUAAGGCAAUUAAAAUAAUACUUCACUAGGUGAUAAUCCGCGCCUUGCGUGGAAUAAAAUUAUUAAUUUUAAUAUUUAUAAGAUAAGAAAAUAUUAGAUUUGUUUAGUGUGGACAUCGAUUUGAUUUUAGGUUGGAUUUUUUUAGAUUUAAUUCUUUUAAAAUAUAACAAUCAUUCGGAAGCUGUAUUUAUUUUGGUUUGUUCGAUUAAACUAAUUUUCAUUUUUCUUUCUUCCGGUGAUAGAUUGCAGUUGGAAUAUAUAUAUCGAUUAUUGCAAACUUUAUCUAAAAAACUUGAUAUCUUACCUGAUACAAUCAGUUAGAUUUAAUGCGAGCAUUUUCAUUUUUUAAAUAAAUAUAUAAUAAAUAUCUUAAGCAAUCAUUAAUUGAAAGAUACAUCGUUCUUCUAUAGAAUUCGGUGUAGAUAAUCCUCCAUCGAAAAUUCAUAGACUUCAGUAUAUGAGUGUUUCAAACUUAUUAUAUUAUCAAUAGCUAAUAAAUAAGGGCGACAUACUAUAAGUUAUAAAAAAUAGAAAAUUCAAAGUUUUUAUUAACUGAUCAGAAAAAUUCACCAGCAUUAUCGUAAAUAUUGUCAAAAAUUUAAAAUAAUUUUGAUUAUUAUUUAAGUCAACCUCGGUGUGGACCAGCUUUUGUAUCUUUUAGUGUGACCAUGUUGACAUUAACAACCAUAAUAAACGUUAGCAUGUUCUUACUUCUUAAAGCUUAUCCAAAAACCUUCUUUCUCAUUAUGUUAAAAAGACUUACCGGGUUGAUGGGUCACUGGGUCGACCGCGGGUGAAUCUUGGGUUAAUAAAUAAAUUAAUUUUAUUAUAUAAUAAUAUAUUAGCUAUGAAAAUAAAAAUAUAAAAACUAAAGUUUAAUAUUUUUUAAAUAUUUUUUUAAACAUAAAAUAAUAGUUUGGAUAUGUAUAUGUUUUAUGUUUAAAAGUAUUUAGAAAAUACUUAACUUUAGUUUUUCUAUUUUUAUUUUCAUUUUACAUACAAAAUAUCAAAAAAUAGUUUAGACUAUUUAAAAUUUUCUGUAACAAAGUAAAAGUUAUGACAUCUAAAAAAAAUUUAAGAUAUAAAAUUCAUAAAUAUUUUUUUUUCUUAUUUGAAUAAUAAAUUAAACUUCAAAUUCAAAAUAAACUUAAAAUGAAAGAUCAUUGUAAUAAAUUGUCAAUAACAGAAAUAAACUAACUCAAAUCACAUUAACUAAUUUUGGUUUUCUUUACCAUCGUUUACUUCAUUUUCUUCAGGUGACAUAAUGAAAUCUUCAUCAAAAUCUAAAAAUCACAAAUAUAAAACUGAAAAGGGAAAACCUAACUUUUUUUUUUGUUGUUAGCACCUAACUUUUUAAUUGGAAACUUAGAAUACAAACAUAAGCUAAAAACUUAAGAAAAAGUAAAAGUUAUUUAUUGGUUCAACUGGCGGUUCAAUCGGUAUCGGGUUCCGGGUUUUAGUGAGUUUUUGCGGGUUUCUAAAUAUUGAAUUUUUCACAAAACCCAAAUCGAAUUUUUUUCUGGGUCACCGGGUUUACUGGUUCAACCGCGGGUCCGGGUCGGGUUUCAAAACACUGGUUAAAGGUGUUAUUUUAGAGUUCUUUGUUUUGUUUCAAAAAAGAAUCGGUUACGUACGUUUCAAACUUUCAAUGUAUUAUCACACUCAAUUCCAAUAUAUCGAGUUAGCUGUAACAUGAAUAUAUUUGCGAGUAUGAAACAAUUUAUCUUCAAAAUAUGUAAAAUAUCACGCUUUCAAAACAUAGCUACGGGCUAACAAACUCUCACAUUAAUAUGAUAUUUACAUUUCAAUCAAACUCAAGGUUCUUGAAAUAUCAGAAAUCUUGUGUAUAUAUGUUAUUAGAUUAUUCCUUCAUAACUUACACAUAAACACCUUAAAUUAUUAUAUAUUCAAAUAAUUUUACAGAACUAAACCAAAAUUAAAAGAAACACUAAACAUAAGCAAAAAAAAGCACUAAGUCGAAAACAAAUUAAACCUAAAUCAAAAUCCAAAUUUCAUCGUCAUCAUCACUCGCACCACAAUUACGCUUUGUCUUCACUCUCCGGUGAGCAGAUGCGUAAGCACCACCACCACAACGCAACCCUUUCCGUACCCUUAAAAAUACAGAACCAUAGAGAGAGAGAGCUUGACAGGCGAGUUCAUGGGAAAGAGAGGCUGAGAAGAAAUUGAUGACCGUAGACGUCGUUGUCUCUGCCACGCUACCUCUGCCGAGUUUCCGCUUCACCCUCUCCGUUUCCAUUGAAGUCAAAGAACGAAACAGAGUCUUUAUAAUUAAUGUAUCUUUUGUGUUGCGUUUUUGCAACUUCUCUAAAAAGUUAACAGAGACGCAGUUUUUGGUAUUGCAUUAUUUUUAUCUCGUGUGUUUUAGAAUUGAAGCAUAUAAGGAAACAAAUUGUGAGAAGAGCUAUCUAAUCGACACAUGGCAAAUGUAGUGUGAACGCAUUAAAUGCAAUGCAUCCCUUUUAAAUAUAAGGGAUAUGUUUCUAAAUGAUGCAUUAUUUUGUGUUUACAUAUAUUUAAAAACAUAUUAAAAUGAUACUUUAUAUGUUCCUAAGAAUACAUUUUUUUUUGUUUACACAUAUUAAGAAGACAUAUAUUAAAAUUAAUUAUAAAUAUAUAAUUGACAUGUAAAUAUUUUCCCUAAAUUUAAACCAAUAGUAUACUGCAUACAAAUGUAAAAUAUAUGUAUCACAAUUUACCGUUAAUAAGUGAUAAAAACUGCAUACAGAUGUAAAAUAUAUAUAUCAUUAUGGAAUACAAUUUUAUUUUAAACAUUUAUUUUCAGGAACAAAGAGUAUACUUGAUGCCAACCAAAUAAAUACCAAAUGAUAUUUUAACUUUAUAAAAAUGGGUCUAUCAGUUGGACUUUGAUCUAUAUGUGAUUUAAAAAAUUCGAUACGCUAGUCUUCAAUAUACCUAUAGGAAUUUGAAAAUAAAAAUAAAACGAAAUUAGUCGUUCUUCAAUAUACCUAUAGGAAUUUGAAAAUAAAAAUAAAACGAAAUUAGUCGGUGCGACCUGCUAGAAUUAUCCACUUCGUUUCUACAAGUACACGUUUCUUUUAGCUAACCUUUUUUGGUCUGCUUUCUUUUGCUUCUUUGGUUAAUGGACCCUUUGUAAACUUGGAUGCUUCAACUACACUUAAAUGCGUUGCUCACCCUCAUCUCUUCCAAGCAAUAUACUUAUACUGUACUAUUAAUAAUGGACAUCCUUGUCUGCACGGGGCUCUACGGUACAUCCCUUUUUUUCACUGAAACUUCAUUCAUUCAUACUUUGUGAAAUACAUUGGUGGAAUACAUUUUUGGGGCUCUAUUAUACAUCUUAUAUCAUAGAAUAGUGAAGCACAUUAUUCCUUAACCACGCUACCCACUCAUACGCAUAUCUUUUAUAGUGGUACGAUUUCAAUACUGAAACAUGUAUAUAAAAUAUUUUUAAUUUUAAAGCUUCAAUUUGAAAACUGCUUAUAUGUUAGCAAUUUUAAUAACUUGUUUAAACGACCAUAAACCCAUAUCAUGAAACUGUGGGAGGUGGGAACUAACUAGCCAAACGUGAGCAAGAACAUUGAUGGUUUUCACUUUCUUCUAAGAGCAUCUCCAAAAUAUCCUCAAAUCCUUAAAUUUUGAUUUUUUUUGCUAUCCAAGAGACUUUCAAAACCUCAAACACUAUUUAUUUCUCAGUUUAGUCUUUAGAAUUUUGUAAUUUACAUAUAAUUCGAAUAAUAUUACUUUUUUAUCACUUUAAUCCUUAUGACUAUAAUUCACUUAAGUAUUUCAAUAUAUCUUUAUAUAUAUUAGUAAUACAUUUUUUUGGAACUCUUAUUAGUAAUACAUAAACUAUACAAAUAAUAUAAAUAAAAUUGUUUAAAAUAGUAUUAUUAUCUCACACAAUAAUUCUAUUACAUUGAAAAUAUAUUACAAAUUAAAGAUUAAAAGUACAAGAAUAGAUAUUUACAAUAAAGAUAACACACAAACAUUACACCAAAAUGUUGUUCAUAAAAAAAUGUUAUAAUAUGAAGUUGUUGUUGCUCUUUUCUUUUAUGUAUGAUUCUUGCUUGUUUGGAUCAUUGAUGUGAAAGAGAAUCUAUGGAAAACUAUGUAUAAGAUUAUGAGUAAAAAGCAGGAAUAGUUCGCUUUAUUAUGCAAAAUUAAUACAUUAGAAUAUUGGAGUUAUUUUUUACGACGUUGAGGUUGUGUUUUUUUCAGUAAUAAUUUUGAAAAGUUUUAAAAAUUCAAUAUAAGAUAUGAAUGUCUGAAGCUUUUGAAUUUUUUUUAUUAAAAUAUUAUUAUCUUUUGGUAAAAAACUCUAAUUAAAAGAUCUUAAUUCGAAUGAUCUAAGGGUUUGGAUAUAUGCCAAAAAAAAACACGAACAUCCUCUCUGCAUCGUAGAAAAAAAGUUUCGAAAAACAGUGGUUGUAUGGUGGUCGGUGGCCUUCGCUGCCGGUUACCAUCUUCGUUUUUUAUUUUGCUUUACGCCAUUUUUAUUAGUGGUCUCUCUCGGGUAUCGUCGAUUCUGUAGAGUUGCAUGUCCGGUUUAAAUUCAGUAUCACACGUAUCUAUUGGUGGAUGACUGACUUUUUACUCUGGGUUCAGACCGUCUUCUUCGGUAUUGGUCGCGGGCUUUUGUAUCCAUUGUACAUCAGGGGUGUUUGUUGUCGGUUGGUUUGUGGUUAAAAUCUGAAGCGUUGUAGAAGGUUUCCUCGGCGGUCUAGAUCGGUGAGAUGAUUCCGUCUUUGUGUUCGGUGGUUCAGUUUGUGGAUGAGAUCUCGAUUUAGAUCGGUUGAAGCUCUCCGAAUAACGAUUAUAAGUGUAUGUGUUGAAGACGAUGGAUUUCUUUUAACUUACAACAUAGUCAUUGGAGGUUUCUUUCGUCGUGGUGUUCCUGGUUGAUCCAAGUGGUUCGAUGAGAAGUUUAGUCCGGUGGAGACGUUCAGUCGGUGAAGACAGUGGGGCUCGUUUCAGCAUGUGUCUCUCUCUCCACGUUUGGUUUCCAACACGUGUCGAUGCUUCUCUUGUGGUCCCAUGGGUUAGGUUUGGACCAGUGUUGAGUCUCUUUAGUUUGUGUUUUUUUGGGCUUGUAAGCUUAUGCCCUUUGGACUUUGUAUGUCUGGUUUUUAAAACCUUUCAAUAAAAUACAAGAUGGCAAAAAAAAAAGAGUGAUAUAGGAGCAGAGCUGGAGGUUUGGUUUGGACUAUAAAUACAGUGAAAAUCAUCUGAUUCUGUUUGUUUUUAAUAUACUUUGACCAUAUAUUAUUGUGAACGUGUGAAAAUGAUGUCAUCUCUUUUGUUUUUUUUCUGUAAACAAUCUCUUUUUUUUCAUACA